CCACACAAUGAACAACUUACUUGUUUAUGGACUAACUUUGGCGACUUUUUGCCAUUGUUUGCAACUUCCUUCUAGUUUCAAAAAAUGCGAUAAAAGAAGAAGCGAUUUCAACAACUGCUUAAGCGACGUUGUCUACAACACCCUUAAAGUAUUCGACAAACCUCUGAAAUCUCACGGUUUUCCGAGUCUGCGUUAUGUUGAAUUUCCACCUGAAGCUGUCAUAGAAAUAGGGAAUCGGACGUAUGGGUUAGCUCAAAAGUUUUCUAAAUUCAGGUUGGCUGGUCUUUCCCAACCUGAAGAUAUAAAAACCAGGUUAGAUUUUGGACCCGUCUUUAGUACUUUGACAAUGGAACUUUCUUACUCUAAACUUGCAUGGGAUUAUGAGUACGAAGGUCAAGGUACUAUGGUUCUUUUGCCUUUAAACGUUAUAACACCCGUAGAAUGUGUUUUGUACAAUCCAACGUUUACUUUUAUGGUUAAAUUGGAAGAAUACAACAAAGGUGCUACCUAUUUUAGAGUGAUUGAUUUCGAAUUUGAUAUGAAGGAAAUAGAUCGCACUACAAUUAACUUUCAACAGUUAUUCACCAACAGACGUCUUAAUGAUGAAUUUAAUUCCGCACUGUCUGAAAAGGGGUUGCAAACUUUUCAUAUUUUCAAACAUUUACAAGUAAAAUUGACACCAUAUUUUGGUACUAUAUUCAAGAGUUUCCUGGAGAAAAUCCCAGUUGCUGAACUUUUUGAUGAAUAGAAACCUGCAACAAUGUUAAAUGUAUUUUUGUUGAUAUGAAAAUAAAUUCAUAAUAAAGUU